GUCACAUGAUGUCGCUGUACACCCGAAAGGUGAAAAGAGAAAACUCCACGCCCAGAUUCCAACCGUUCACAAAAUAGGAUUGACUCCAUAUUGACCGUAAUGCUGAGUAAAAUUUACUAAAUAUAUACUUACAGAAAGGGGAAACUGCUCAUAGAUGUUGACAGGCGAGCUACCUCCUAAAACCGACAGUCUCACCGCAGAGAUCUCAUUAUCUGCAAUGGUCUUUUCCUGGCGAGGGGGCUUCGAAUCUCGGCGACUGCUACUCUCGCUUCUGCUCCUCGCAGCCUGGGAGGCCGGGAGCGGCCAGGUCCGCUACUCUGUCCCGGAGGAGGCCAAACACGGCACCUUCGUGGGCCGCAUCGCCCAGGACCUGGGGCUGGAGCUGGCCGAGCUGGUGCCGCGCCUGUUCCGGAUGGCGUCCAAAGGCGGCGGGGACCUUCUGGAGGUAAACCUGCAGAAUGGCAUUUUGUUUGUGAAUUCUCGGAUCGACCGGGAGGAGCUGUGCGGGCGGAGCCUGGAGUGCAGCAUCCACCUGGAGGUGAUCGUGGAGCGGCCGCUGCAGGUGUUCCACGUGGAGGUGGAGGUGAAGGACAUUAACGACAACCCGCCGGUGUUCAGAGAAAGAGAACAAAAGGUACUUAUUUCUGAAUCUGCUCCUCUGGACUCUCGUUUUCCUCUAGAGGGCGCUUCUGAUGCGGAUAUUGGCUUAAACUCUCUUCUGACCUAUAGGUUAAGUCUCAAUGAAUAUUUUACUCUCAAAGUAGUAACGAAAACCGAUAAAAGUAUAUUGCCUGAACUCAUUCUUCGGAAGUCUUUGGAUAGAGAGGAAAUGCCAGAACUUACCAUUUUGCUGACCGCUCUGGAUGGCGGUAAACCCGAGCUAACAGGAUCUGUUCAGAUUCAAAUCACAAUCCUGGAUGUCAAUGACAACGCUCCUGAGUUUGAUAAACCCAGCUAUAAAGUAGUGCUGUUUGAAAAUGUCCCAAAUGACACCAGAGUGAUUCAACUAAAUGCUUCUGAUCUAGAUGAAGGACCAAAUAGAGAAAUUUCCUAUGGAAUCAGAAUGAUUUUGCCAGUGAGUGAAAAACGUAUGUUUUCAAUAAAUUCAGAAACAGGUGAAAUUAGAAUUUACGGGAAAUUGGAUUUUGAAGAGAAUAACGAGUAUGAAAUUCAGGUUAACGCUGUUGAUAAAGGGAUUCCUUCCAUGGCAGGUCACUGCACAGUCUUGGUAGAAGUUCUCGACCUGAAUGACAAUGCCCCUGAGGUAAUGGUCACUUCGCUGUCGCUCCCAGUGCGAGAGGAUGCUCAGAUGGGCACUGUCAUUGCCUUGAUCAGCGUGUCCGACCGCGAUUCUGGUGCCAAUGGGCAGGUGACCUGCUCGCUGAUGCCCCACAGCCCCUUCAAGCUGGUGUCCACCUUCAAGAAUUACUAUUCGCUGGUGCUGGACGGCACCUUGGACCGCGAGAGCGUGGCGAGCUACGAGCUGGUGGUGACCGCGCGGGACGGCGGCUCGCCUUCGCUGUGGGCCACGGCCAGCGUGUCGGUGGAGGUGGGCGACGUGAACGACAACGCGCCGGUGUUCGCGCAGCCCGAGUACACGGUGUUCGUGAAGGAGAACAACGCGCCCGGCUGCCACAUCUUCACGGUGUCGGCGCGCGACGCGGACGCGCAGGAGAACGCGCGGGUGGCCUACUCGCUGGUGGAGCGGCGGGUGGGCGAGCGCGCGCUGUCGAGCUACGUGUCGGUGCACGCGGAGAGCGGCAAGGUGUUCGCGCUGCAGCCGCUGGACCGCGAGGAGCUGGAGCUGCUGCAGGUCGGGGUGAGCGCGCGCGACGCGGGCGCGCCGCCUCUGGGCAGCAACGUGACGCUGCAGGUGUUCGUGCUGGACGAGAACGACAACGCGCCGGCGCUGCUGCCGCCGCCGCCGCCGUCGCCUUGGGUGGUGGCGAAGGUGCGCGCGGUGGACGCGGACUCGGGCUACAACGCGUGGCUGUCGUACGAGCUGCAGGAGGCGGCGUCGGGGGGCGCGCGGAGCGCGUUCCGCGUGGGGCUGUACACGGGCGAGAUCAGCACGACGCGCGCCCUGGACGAGGCGGACGCGGCGCGCCAGCGCCUGCUGGUGCUGGUGAGGGACCACGGCGAGCCGGCGCUGACGGCCACGGCCACCGUGCUGCUGUGGCUGGAGGACGGCGGCCCGGCGCCCAAGGCGUCCUCGCGGCGGGUGGUGGGCCCCGCGGCGGCGGCGGAGGCGGCGCUGGUGGACGUGCACGUGUACCUGGUGGUGGCGAUCUGCGCGGUGUCGAGCCUGCUGGUGCUGACGCUGCUGGUGUACACGGCGCUGCGGUGCUCGGCGCCGCGCGGCGAGGGCGCGUGCGUGCCCGGGCAGGCGCGGCUGGUGUGCUCGAGCGCGGUGGGCAGCUGGUCUUCGUCUCCGCGGCGGCGGCGGCGGCAGCGGGUGUGCUCUGGGGAGGGGCCGCCCAAGGCCGACCUCAUGGCCUUCAGCCCCAGCCUGCCUCCGUGUCCACUACCAGAUGGGGAAGUCGGGGAGCAGUCUACUGGAGGUGACACUUCUAGCAAGGUAGUCAAUAUACUUUACAUAUCUCUUAAAUCUUUUGAGUGUACCAUGCUCUUUUCCUGGAGAGGAGGCCCAGGAGUUCGGCUUCGGCUGCUCUCGCUUCUGUUUCUCGCAGCCUGGGAGGCGGGGAGCGGCCAGGUCCGCUACUCUGUCCCGGAGGAGGCCAAACACGGCACCUUCGUGGGCCGCAUCGCCCAGGACCUGGGGCUGGAGCUGGCCGAGCUGGUGCCGCGCCUGUUCCGGAUGGCGUCCAAAGGCGGCGGGGACCUUCUGGAGGUAAACCUGCAGAAUGGCAUUUUGUUUGUGAAUUCUCGGAUCGACCGGGAGGAGCUGUGCGGGCGGAGCCUGGAGUGCAGCAUCCACCUGGAGGUGAUCGUGGAGCGGCCGCUGCAGGUGUUCCACGUGGAGGUGGAGGUGAAGGACAUUAACGACAACCCGCCGGUGUUCCCUGAAAGUGAAAAAAGAAUAAUCAUUGCUGAAUCCAGACCUCCGGAAACUCGGUUUCCACUAGAUGGCGCAUCUGAUGCAGAUAUUGGAGUAAACUCCGCCUUGACCUACCAAGUCUAUCCAAACGACUAUUUCACUUUGGACCCGCAAAACACCCGUGAACAAACGUCUUCGUUAUCACUUGUGUUAAGGAAAUCAUUGGACAGAGAGGAAAUUCAGGAACAUAAUUUAUUACUGACAGCCAGUGAUGGAGGUAAACCUGAGCUGACCGGCACAGUUCAGCUGCUGAUUACAAUCCUGGAUGUGAAUGACAACGCCCCAGAAUUUGACCAAUUAAUCUAUAAAGUGAGAAUGUUAGAGAGUGCAUUUAAUGGAACGUUAGUGAUCAAACUAAAUGCCACAGAUCCUGAUGAUGGUACAAAUGCAGACAUAAUAUAUUCAUUUAGAAGACCUGUAUCACCUGCAGUAUUGUAUGCAUUUUCCAUAAAUUCCGACAGUGGAGAAAUUAGGACAAAAGGUAAAUUGGAUUUCGAAGAAAGGAAAUUGUAUGAAAUAUCCGUGGAAGCAAUCGACAGGGGGAAUAUUCCGAUGGCGGGUCACUGUACCAUUUUGGUGGAAAUAGUAGAUAUAAAUGAUAACGCUCCAGAGGUUACCAUCACUUCUCUGGCUCUUCCUAUCCAAGAGAAUGCUCAGGUGGGCACCGUCAUUGCCUUGAUCAGCGUGUCGGACCGUGACUCGGGUGCCAAUGGGCAGGUGACCUGCUCGCUGAUGCCCCACAGCCCCUUCAAGCUGGUGUCCACCUUCAAGAAUUACUAUUCGCUGGUGCUGGACGGCACCUUGGACCGCGAGAGCGUGGCGAGCUAUGAGCUGGUGGUGACCGCGCGGGACGGCGGCUCGCCUUCGCUGUGGGCCACGGCCAGCGUGUCGGUGGAGGUGGGCGACGUGAACGACAACGCGCCGGUGUUCGCGCAGCCCGAGUACACGGUGUUCGUGAAGGAGAACAACGCGCCCGGCUGCCACAUCUUCACGGUGUCGGCGCGCGACGCGGACGCGCAGGAGAACGCGCGGGUGGCCUACUCGCUGGUGGAGCGGCGGGUGGGCGAGCGCGCGCUGUCGAGCUACGUGUCGGUGCACGCGGAGAGCGGCAAGGUGUUCGCGCUGCAGCCGCUGGACCGCGAGGAGCUGGAGCUGCUGCAGGUCGGGGUGAGCGCGCGCGACGCGGGCGCGCCGCCUCUGGGCAGCAACGUGACGCUGCAGGUGUUCGUGCUGGACGAGAACGACAACGCGCCGGCGCUGCUGCCGCCGCCGCCGCCGUCGCCUUGGGCGCCGCCCGGGUGGCCCGGGGGGCGCGGGCGGCGGGCGGGCGUGGUGAGCCAGCGGGUGCCGCGGUGGGUGGGCGCGGGCCAGGUGGUGGCGAAGGUGCGCGCGGUGGACGCGGACUCGGGCUACAACGCGUGGCUGUCGUACGAGCUGCAGGAGGCGGCGUCGGGGGGCGCGCGGAGCGCGUUCCGCGUGGGGCUGUACACGGGCGAGAUCAGCACGACGCGCGCCCUGGACGAGGCGGACGCGGCGCGCCAGCGCCUGCUGGUGCUGGUGAGGGACCACGGCGAGCCGGCGCUGACGGCCACGGCCACCGUGCUGCUGUGGCUGGAGGACGGCGGCCCGGCGCCCAAGGCGUCCUCGCGGCGGGUGGUGGGCCCCGCGGCGGCGGAGGCGGCGCUGGUGGACGUGCACGUGUACCUGGUGGUGGCGAUCUGCGCGGUGUCGAGCCUGCUGGUGCUGACGCUGCUGGUGUACACGGCGCUGCGGUGCUCGGCGCCGCGCGGCGAGGGCGCGUGCGUGCCCGGGCAGGCGCGGCUGGUGUGCUCGAGCGCGGUGGGCAGCUGGUCUUCGUCUCCGCGGCGGCGGCGGCGGCAGCGGCAGCGGCAGCGGCAGCGGGUGUGCUCUGGGGAGGGGCCGCCCAAGGCCGACCUCAUGGCCUUCAGCCCCAGCCUGCCUCCGUGUCUGAAUUCCGCAGAGGGAACAGGGGAAAUUGAAGCAGGUUCCGAACAGCUGAAAGAGCCACGGCAGCCCAACCCUGACUGGCGUUACUCUGCCUCCCUGAGAGCAGGAAUGCACAGCUCUGUGCACCUGGAGGAGGCUGGCAUUCUACGGGCUGGUCCAGGAGGGCCUGAUCAGCAGUGGCCGACGGUAUCGAGUGCGACACCAGAACCAGAGGCAGGAGAGGUGUCCCCUCCAGUCGGUGCUGGUGUCAACAGCAACAGCUGGACCUUUAAAUACGGACCAGGCAACCCCAAACAAUCUGGUCCCGGUGAGUUGCCAGACAAAUUCAUUAUCCCAGGAUCUCCUGCAAUCAUCUCCAUCCGGCAGGAGCCUACUAACAGCCAAAUUGACAAAAGUGACUUCAUAACCUUCGGCAAAAAGGAGGAGACCAAGAAAAAGAAGAAAAAGAAGAAGGGUAACAAGACCCAGGAGAAAAAAGAGAAAGGGAACAGCACGACUGACACCAGUGACCAGUGAGGUCACCUAAUGGAAACAAGCCACUUAGCCAGUUUUUGUAACAAUGGCAACCCUCUCCCAUGUAGCAACUCCUUCUCCUUUCUCCUGUCCACACGAGCCCUCUCUUAGAGACCUCAGAAAUCUGCAGAAAGUUCCCUGUGUCUGUCUAGCUCGCAUUUAACAGGUUUUGUCUUCAAAGCUUUACUAAGUCUGGUGUUAACUCUUUCUCUCCACUCUGGCUUGUUUUCAGAACCCAAAAAGCAGACCCAAGUUUCCUUUCUCCUCCGCCGCAAAGGAGAGGCUUCCCAGCCCCGCCCGUGAGAGGUUGGACUCUCUGCCCUGUGCUCCGGGGAUCCUGUCUUGAUGACACUUGCAGGGCAGGCUGAAAGGUUUUGAGAUUGAGCAGCUUGAGUGUCUGUGGACACUGGGUAUGUGUGGCCACUGAGGGUCUGUGAGUGCCAGGUCGUGGUUGGGAUGGGCCAGCUUAGACUAGAAGGGCUGGGAAACAAAGGCCAAUGAACCGUGGGACGUGUGAAGCGCAAAGGGACCAGACUUUCGCAAUCUUACAACUCGAGAGGUGGUGGCCACCCUCUAGCAGACAAAACUCCCCCCCACUGACAAGGCUUUGGGAAUCCCUAAAGUCUCUGGGCUGUGGUGUCCCAUUAUGCCUAAAAACUGCAUUUUACCUACAAGCCAAUAGUUCAGUGUUGAACAGGGGCCAGCCAGGGCAACAGAAGCAGAUCUGAUGUGUUUCCUAUAUUUGUCCUUGUGCUCACUUUAUUAAAAAUUCUUUUGCACACAAUGUUUAUGAAAAGGUCAGAUCCUUUUCCAGCGACACUUAUGCAAAAGCAAAAGAAAACCCCGACACCUCACUUUAUGCUGUUUGUUGUUUGAUAGAUUUAUUUAAAAAAGAGGAACAUCUAUAAACUAUAAACCUUUAAAGAGAAAUAUGAUGAAUACAUUUCCCCUAAAUGAUCCUCGAAAGAGAAGUCCGUCUACAGCCAUUGAAACGACCAUUGCUGCUACAGAAGUGCUUUAAGAGAAUUGCCUGAAACAUCUGUAUUAUACUGGCCACCUGCCAAUCACAGCUUUACUCUUGCAGAUCACUCUGGGGCUGCCUCUUGCAUGUAUUAAUGCCGAAAUAAAAGGAUCUUUCUCUCUCUCUUUUCUAAGAAACAAUUAUGUGCACUUUGAACACACCACCCUCUCUAGCCAACCAUAUCAAGACCCAGAAAUCGAAGAAAAGCAUUGUUUUCUCAUACAUACAGUGAGCAGACUUUUCAGUCCUCUGAUUCUGUGAUUUGUCUUGGUGUGCUAGCCAACACCUCUUUGGUUUAGUUUUCUAUUUCUGUAACGCUCUGAAUUGCUAAUCUUGCUAACACCUAUGAUGUUAUCUGAACUCAAUCUCCCAUAUGUAUGCUGUAUGCUAGUAUAAGACUCCUGAAAUAUAUUUACUCUGUGCUUGUGUAUGUGGAUGUUAAUGCAACUAUUACCUAGAGUGAACUUUAAGCUUUAUUGUUGAAUGUAAUUCCAUUAUAUUUCCUUUUGUACACCUGUGGAAAAGUGGAGUAGUGUUUUGUUUUGUUUUGUUUUGUUUUUAAACCAUUGUUAAUCAGCUUUUGUGUAUGAAAGACACAGUAAAAUUUCUUUCUUAAAUCAAGAGACUGGUGAUUCAAGGAAUUUUAUUUAUGGUCAGCCGAGAGCCCUCUCUUGCCAACACUCCUGCUGGCAAGGGAAUGGAUAAAGCUGUUUUUUUCUAGUAACAAUUCUGGAAGGAAUACCGAAGAUAUUCCCCGAGGGCGUGCAAGCGCAAAAUUGACCAAUCUGACCUCUUGGAAGUCACAGGAAUGCUUUGAAAUUCUAACAAUAGCUGGAAUAUCAGCUCAUAGAGAACAGGAAAAUUUACUGUCACCUUGAAUAAGAAAUUUUGAUUUUGUUGAAAUGUACAAUUUAGAAGUUUGAUUAUUAUUAUCUUUUAAAAGUUAACAUAAAAGAGG